CAGCCUCCGGCAGGGGGAGGCCGGCUGCGCAGGCGCGCAGGCGCGAAGCCCCUUUGCCCCGAAGCGUCACGUGACGGGUGGUGGUCACGUGCCAUCCUAAUCCGGCGACAGCUGCUCGGCCUUCCUCCUCGCCGCGUCCUCCUCCUCCUCCUCGCCCGCCGCGAUGCCGCUGCUGCUCUCCCAGUUCCCGGAGCUCCACUUCAACGUGGACAGCGGCUACCUGGAGGGGCUGGUGCGGGGCUUCAAGGCCGGCGUCCUCAGCCAGGCGGACUACCUGAACCUGGUCCAGUGCGAGAGCCUGGAAGAUCUGAAGCUCCAUCUCCAGAGCACCGACUAUGGGAACUUCCUGGCGAACGAAGCGUCCCCCCUCACAGUGUCCGUCAUUGAUGACAAGCUGAAGGAGAAGAUGGUGGUGGAGUUCCGCCACAUGCGCAACCACGCCUACGAGCCCUUGGCCAGCUUCCUGGACUUCAUCACGUACAGCUACAUGAUUGACAACGUCAUCCUGCUGAUCACGGGGACGCUGCACCAGCGCUCCAUCGCCGAGCUGGUCCCCAAGUGCCACCCCCUGGGAAGCUUUGAGCAGAUGGAGGCCGUCAACAUUGCUCAGACCCCGGCGGAGCUGUACAGCGCCAUCCUGGUGGACACGCCCCUCGCGGCCUUCUUCCAGGAUUGCAUCUCCGAGCAGGACCUGGAUGAGAUGAACAUUGAAAUUAUCCGCAACACGCUGUACAAGGCCUACCUGGAGUCCUUCUACAAGUUCUGCAAGACCCUGGGUGGCACCACUGCAGAGGCCAUGUGCCCCAUCUUGGAGUUUGAGGCUGACAGAAGAGCCUUCAUCAUCACCAUCAACUCGUUUGGCACAGAGCUCUCCAAGGAGGACCGGGCCAAGCUCUUCCCCCACUGUGGGAAGCUCUACCCGGAGGGCCUGGCGCAGCUGGCCCGGGCCGAUGACUACGAGCAGGUCAAAGCGGUGGCCGACUACUACCCCGAAUAUAAGCUGCUGUUUGAAGGCGCUGGGAGCAACCCUGGAGACAAGACCCUGGAGGACCGGUUCUUUGAGCACGAGGUGAAGCUGAACAAGCUGGCGUUCCUGAACCAGUUCCACUUCGGCGUCUUCUACGCUUUCGUGAAGCUGAAGGAGCAGGAAUGCCGCAACAUCGUCUGGAUCGCCGAGUGCAUCGCCCAGCGCCACCGCGCCAAGAUCGACAACUACAUCCCCAUCUUCUGAGGGUGUCUGCACUCCAGCCAGCAGGCAUCCCUUGCGGUUCCUCGCCAGCCAGCCUCUCUCUCCCUCGCUCCGGUGUCUUUGGGGGCGGGCCUGAGGGAGCCUGCCUUGGGAAGGUCCCCCCCCGCCGCUGCGUUGUAACGUGCGUGUGUGUGUGUGUGUUUGUGUAGAGCAGCCACAGCUGUUCGGUGUCUCUCGAGUGGAGUCUCUGCUGCAGAGGAAGGAUCCCUGGCCUGCACGGUGCCCCUCGGCAUGGCCCUGGCCGGGCAUCCAUCCGGCACAGCGUCACGGCCCUCGGCAGGCAGGCGGGCAGGCAGGCGGGGACUGUGGCAUGCGUGAGCAUCCGUCCAUCUCCGUAAGACUUGUCCCUCUGGCAAUGGCUGUGUGGCAAGCUGAAGCCACUUCCCCCAGGGAGCCCCCUGAAUGCCAGUGGGGGGGGGCGGGGGCUGGCUGGCCGGCCGGCCGGCCUCCUGUAGAGGACGCUUGCUGGACUUCCCUUCUUGCAGGCUCCUCAAGGAAAGGGCCAGCACACUUGGGCGUGCAGUGCAGGUGUGCCCCUCGCGUCGGCCCUUUGCCACUUGGUUGAUGCUCCUUUGGCCCUGGCCUUGCCUGCCCCUUGCCCUGUCAGUGCCCCCAGAGAGGCGGCCCCAUUGAAAAGCUGCUCCUCGAAGGAGGUGCCAGGCAAGGGCUUGUGACACAAGGCGGACGUGGUUUCGGCUGCUUUCCGGCUCAUCCCUGGAAGUGGAAGUCGCUCUGCCCUGCCUGGCCCCUGAGCUGGGAUGCAGAGGUGUCCCCCCCCCCCCCGCUUUCAGCCUGGGUGAUGGUCAUCGGAGUGCUGAGAGUUCCAAAAUCAAGCCCAGUUUUAUCUUGGUCUGUCUUGUUGUUAUUUAGCAAGCUUCUGGGCAGGGCCUGGGGGCAGUGGACGCUUCCUGGGAUUUUGGAAGGGAUCUUCUUGUUUCCCCUCCUUUGGAGCUGCCUGCUGUCCCCCAGAGGGCCACCUCUUUGACACGGGCCGCUCUUGGUUGAGCAAAAGGUUCCCCAGGCCACAGUGCUGUGAGUUCCACCAACCUCUGCCCACUGCCCCCCCCCUGCAGCUCUGGCUCCUUCCAUUCCAAGUGCAUCUGUCCAGCCUGCCCAGGCUCUUGUGGGCAAGGGGUGUGUGGGGUGGGGGGUGGCAAGGGCCUGGUUGUCUGUCAUCUUCCUCUUCAGAUGUGAUAAUAAAUGAUCUCCCCCACGCCCUCCA